UUGCCUCCAAAGAUAACCAAGCAGCAGCUUCAGCAGACCAAGGAUCGCUUCCAGGCCUUCCUCAAUGGAGAAACGCAAAUUGUAGCUGAUGAGGCAUUCAUCAACGCUGUGCAGAGUUACUAUGAGGUGUUCCUGAAGAGUGACCGUGUGGCUAAGAUGGUCCAGAGUGGCGGCUUCUCCGCCAAUGAUUUCAGGGAAGUGUUUAAGAGGCACAUCGAGAAGCGUGUGCGAAGCCUUCCGGAGAUUGAUGGCCUGAGCAAGGAGACAGUGCUCAGCUCUUGGAUGGCAAAGUUUGACACCAUCUCCCGUGGUGAUGAGGAUCCACGAAAGGCUCAGCAACGCAUGACAGCCAGUGCAGCCUCUGAGCUGAUCCUCAGCAAGGACCAGCUGUAUGAAAUGUUCCAGAAUAUCCUUGGCAUCAAAAAGUUUGAGCACCAGCUGCUUUAUCAGGCUUGUCAGUUGGACAACCUGGAUGAACAGGCUGCACAGAUCAGACGAGAGUUGGAUGGUCGUCUUCAGAUGGCAGACCAGAUUGCCAGGGGAGGAAAGUUCCCCAAAUUUGUGUCUAAAGAGAUGGAGGCCAUGUACAUCGAGGAGCUCAAGUCCUCAGUGAAUCAGCUGAUGGCCAAUCUGGAGAGCAUGCCCGUGUCCAAGGGUGGGGAGUUUAAACUCCAGAAGCUGAAACGGGGCCACAACACAUCCAUCAUCGACAUGGGCCAGGAGGAUGAGAAUACACUGUCCAAAUCUGAUGUGGUGCUGUCCUUCACUUUGGAGGUGGUGAUUAUGGAAGUGCAGGGGCUGAAGUCUCUGGCUCCGAACAGGAUUGUUUACUGCACCAUGGAGGUGGAGGGAGGUGAGAAACUCCAGACUGACCAAGCAGAGGCAUCCAAGCCAACCUGGGGGACCCAAGGGGACUUCACCACCACACACCCUCUGCCUGCUGUCAAGGUGAAACUGUUUACAGAGAGUACAGGCGUGCUGGCACUGGAGGACAAAGAGCUGGGCCGGGUUGUCCUCCACCCAACACCGAACAGCCCCAAACAGUCAGAGCUGCAUAAGAUGACCGUGACCAAGGCCUGCCCAGACCAAGAUCUCAAGAUCAAGCUGGCCAUACGUAUGGACAAACCCCAGAACAUGAAACACUGCGGGUAUCUGUGGGCUUUUGGGAAGAACGUCUGGAAGCGCUGGAAGAAGCGUUUCUUUGUUCUUGUUCAGGUGAGUCAGUAUACGUUUGCUAUGUGCAGCUACAGAGAGAAAAAGUCUGAACCGCAAGAGCUCCUCCAGCUGGAUGGCUAUACUGUGGACUACAGUGACCCUCAGCCAGGCUUGGAUGGUGGCAGGGCUUUCUUCAAUGCGGUGAAGGAGGGUGAUACUGUGAUUUUUGCCAGUGAUGAUGAGCAGGACCGCAUCCUGUGGGUCCAGGCCAUGUACCGUGCCACUGGCCAGUCCCACAAACCUGUCCCACCAACUCAGGUCCAGAAACUUAACUCCAAAGGGGGUGCUUCAGCCCAAAUGGAUGCUCCCAUUUCUCAGUUCUACGCUGACAGAGCUCAGAAACAUGGCAUGGAUGAAUUUAUCUCCGCUAACCCCUGUAGCUUUGACCACGCCUCGCUUUUCGAGAUGGUGCAGCGGCUCACCUUGGACCACAGGCUCAACGACACCUUCUGCUCCUUGGGAUGGUUCAGUCCAGGUCAGGUAUUCGUGUUGGACGAGUACUGCGCGAGGAAUGGAGUGCGGGGCUGUCACAGACAUCUAUGUUACCUACGCGAUCUACUGGAAAGGGCAGAAAAUGGGGCUAUUAUUGACCCCACUCUUCUUCACUACAGCUUUGCUUUUUGCGCCACCCAUGUUCACGGGAACCGAGAGGGCAACAAUUACUGGGGGCCGCUGGGCUAUGAGGCCCUUAUUUCCCCAAAGAGCUCCCAGAGCCCAGAUCCUGGCGCGGCCUCUAAGCGAGCGCGCAUAUUCAACCUUAGAAAGAGAAAGGAGUCCUUUCAAGGCGAAAAAAGGCCGGACGGGCUAAGCACCGUGACUGUGGACGAGAAGGAGCGCUUUGAAGACAUCAAGGAGCGGCUGCGUGUGAUUUUGGAGAACCAAAUUGUAAAUUUCAGAUAUUUUUUCCCCUUCGGUCGUCCAGAGGGUGCCCUGAAGGCCACUCUGUCUUUGCUGGACAGGGUCCUAAUGAAGGACAUUGCCACCCAAGUUCCACCAGAAGAAGUUAAAGGAGUCAUCCGCAAAUGUUUGGAGCAGGCUGCUCAGCUAAACUACGAGCGGAUUAAAGACUAUGCUAAAGUUGAAGUUGAGAAAGGUCAAAAGGAUCAGAAGGAUCCAGAGAACGUAGGCCGCUUAGUCACGCCUGCCAAAAAGCUGGAGGAAACAAUUCGCCUGGCGGAGUUAGUCAUAGAGGUCCUCCAGCAGAACCAGGAGCACCACGCAGAGGCGGCAGUCACAAGUUCUGGAGAUCAAUCGGCAUUUGCAUGGUGGACAGACCUGAUGGUGGAGCAUGCAGAAAACUUCCUGGCCCUCUACGCCAUCGACAUGGAUGCUGCUCUGGAGAUCCAGUCCCCUGAGAGCUGGGAUAGCUUCCCCCUUUUCCAGCUGCUCAACGAUUUCCUCCGAACAGACUAUCAUCUGUGCAAUGGAAAGUUCCACAAACACCUUCAGGAUCUGUAUGCUCCUCUGGUUGUUAGAUAUGUGGAUCUGAUGGAGUCCUCCAUCGCACAGUCAAUUCACAAGGGCUUUGACAGGGAGUCCUGGGAGCCUGUUAAGAGUUUAACAAGUAAUCUGCCCAAUGUGAAUCUACCAAAUGUGAAUCUCCAAAUUCCCAAAGUACCAAAUCUGCCAGUGCCAGUAGCAGGACUAUCAGUUAACCUUCCACAAAUGCCUAGCUUUUCUACCCCGUCAUGGAUGGCUGCUAUUUAUGACUCUGAUAAUGGAUCUGGGACAUCAGAGGACCUCUUCUGGAAGCUGGACGCACUUCAGACGUUCAUCAGAGACCUACACUGGCCUGAGGAGGAAUUUGCCAAACACCUUGAGAGCCGCAUCAAGCUCAUGUCAAGCAACAUGAUCGAGAACUGCGUCAAGCGCACCAGGAUGGCAUUUGAGUCCAAGCUGACAAAGAGCAGUAAGUCCACAGAUUUCCGUGUGUCUCCAUCACUAUGCACCAUGUUCAAUGUGAUGGUGGAUGCCAAGGACCAGUCAGCUAAGCUGUGUGCCAUGGAGAUGGGCCAAGAGAAACAGUUCCACUCUAAAAUAGACGAACUGAUUGAGGAGAGCGUGAAGGACAUGAUCCAGCUUCUGGUUGCAAAGUUUGUUGUUAUUCUGGAGGGAGUGUUGGCUAAGAUUUCCAGAUACGACGAAGGAACUCUCUUCUCUUCUUUCCUCUCCUUCACGGUUAAAGCUGCCUCAAAAUAUGUGGAAGUACCAAAACCUGGAAUGGACGUAGCUGAUGGUUAUGUGACCUUUAUGCGCCACUCUCAGGACAUGCUUCGCGAUAAGGUCAAUGAGGAGGUGUAUAUAGAAAGGUUAUUUGAUCAAUGGUACACUGCCACCAUGAACCUGCUGGGGACCUGGCUCACCGAACGGAUGGAUCAGCAGCUCCACGUUUACCAGCUCAAGAUCCUCAUCAGGAUCACAAAGAAAAAGUACAGAGACUUCCGCCUGCAGGGCGUGCUGGACUCCACCCUGAACAGCAAGAUGUACGACACGGUGCGCAACAGGCUGACCCUGGAGGAGGCCACCGCUUCGGUGAGGGAAGGAGGCAUGCAGGGCAUCUCCAUGAAGGACAGCGACGAGGAGGACGACGACGACAACUAG